GAAAAACAACAAAGGCCAUAAAGAAGAAAAAGCCUUUCUUUUAAAUAUCUCCCAUUUUCUUUGAACAAAAAGAUCUCAAUGGCUUCUAACGAAGACGGCUCUAUUGGUAGCUCCUUGCAUGGAGUCACGGGAAGGGAGCAAGUCUUCUCUUUCUCCGUUGAAGAUGGCCCUUCAUCUCAACCCAUCCGAACAAAUGAUCCAACGGCUAAGUUCGCCUUGCCGGUCGACUCAGAACAUAGAGCCAAAGUGUUCAAACCACUCUCAUUCGCCAAACCACACAUGAGAGCCUUCCACUUAGGAUGGAUCUCUUUCUUCACUUGCUUCAUCUCUACCUUCGCAGCCGCACCUCUAGUCCCAGUCAUCCGUGACAACCUCGACCUCACCAAAACCGACAUAGGAAACGCUGGUGUCGCGUCCGUCUCUGGCGCCAUUUUCUCAAGACUCGCUAUGGGUGCAGUAUGUGACCUUCUAGGGGCACGUUACGGCACUGCUUUCUCUCUUUUGCUCUCAGCUCCAGCUGUUUUCUCCAUGUCUUUCGUAGCUGAUGCUGGAAGUUACUUAGCCGUGAGGUUCAUGAUUGGUUUUUGCUUAGCGACAUUCGUGUCGUGCCAGUACUGGACUAGCGUUAUGUUCACUGGGAAAAUUAUUGGACUCGUUAACGGAUGUGCUGGAGGGUGGGGAGAUAUGGGAGGAGGUGUGACUCAGUUGCUCAUGCCAAUGGUCUUCCACGUCAUCAAACUCGCUGGAGCCACUCCUUUCACGGCGUGGAGGUUUGCCUUCUUCAUCCCUGGUAUUCUUCAGAUCAUUAUGGGCAUUUUAGUCCUCACUCUCGGCCAAGAUCUCCCCGAUGGUAACCUUAGUACCCUCCAGAAAAGUGGUCAAGUUUCCAAAGACAAAUUUUCCAAGGUAUUCUGGUUCGCUGUGAAGAACUACAGAACAUGGAUCAUGUUUGUUCUCUACGGAUUCUCUAUGGGAGUUGAGUUAACCAUCAACAACGUUAUAUCCGGAUACUUCUACGAUAGGUUUAACCUAACGCUCCACACAGCCGGUAUAGUAGCAGCCAGUUUCGGCAUGGCAAACUUCUUCGCACGUCCCUUCGGUGGUUACGCCUCAGACGUAGCAGCACGUCUUUUCGGCAUGAGAGGACGUUUAUGGACGUUGUGGAUCUUACAAACCGUUGGAGCACUCUUCUGCGUCUGGCUCGGUCGUGCUAGUACACUCCCUAUCGCAAUCUUAGCCAUGAUGCUGUUUUCCAUUGGCACACAAGCAGCUUGUGGAGCCCUCUUUGGUGUUGCACCUUUUGUUUCUCGACGUUCUCUGGGACUUAUCUCGGGACUAACUGGCGCUGGAGGGAACUUUGGUUCGGGUGUGACUCAGCUUCUUUUUUUCUCGUCGUCGAGGUUUAGUACAGCGGAAGGAUUGUCGUUGAUGGGUGUUAUGGCGGUUGUGUGUACUAUUCCGGUUGCGUUUAUUCAUUUUCCGCAGUGGGGGAGUAUGUUCUUGAGGCCGUCGCAACACGAGGAGAGGUCGAAGGAGGAGCAUUACUAUGGAGGGGAGUGGACAGAGGAGGAGAAGAGCUUGGGAUUACAUGAGGGAAGUAUUAAAUUCGCUGAGAAUAGUCGGUCGGAGAGAGGCCGGAAGGCGGUUUUGGCUGAUAUUCCGACGCCGGAGAUGGGAACUCCUGCUCAUGUCUAGUGAAGGAUGAUAUAUACAUUACCUCUUUUUUUUUCCAUAUAUAAAUAACCCUCAAAGUUAGCUUUGUGUUUUUAUGUUUACUCUUAUGAGAGAUGUACCGAGUAAGAUCCUCACUUGUUAAAGUGAAGUUCAGUGAGCCCGGCGCUCUAUGUUUUAUAUGAAAAGUCAUGUUUUUAAAAG